UUUCUGUUGAUGCGGUUUUAUAUGUUGUUUUCUUUGGUUUUUUGUUUAUGGUAUACCAAAGUCGUUUGCUUAGAUCGUUUUGGCUUUCAUAUUUUAUGCAGAAUUAAAUAAAGUUUAGUGAAUUAAAUUUAGCAAGCCAUCUGUGCGAAAUGUACAUAUCUGUCCUGUCAUUUACUAUCCGUCCUUUUAAAGAGUUAUUCUUCAUUGAAGAUUUUUGUCCUGCUCAAAUAUGUCAGUCUUUUUACUAAUUCUGUAAGCAUUAACACGACCUGGUGAAAUAUCUCAUUUGAGAGCACGUUUCCAUCAUAACACGGUACAGAACACGUUUCAGAGCUAAAUUAAUUUGCGUUUUAGAUCAAUCUUCAGUGAAAUCACAUGCAAUUUGAAAUUGGUACACAGUGAGCCCGAUUGGCCAUCAGUUUUAGAAACCAUCGCGCUGUUUGCUGAAACGAGUCGAAGAAGGUCGAGUAAUCGAACCAUGGUAAUGAUUUUUUUAUGACGAUGCACUUAUAUUAAUACCUGUUGAGAUACGUGUGUUGCCCACUGUUCGGUAAAUGUAAUCCCCAUAUUACGAAUACUGUGCUUGGGGGAAAAAAAAAAAAAAAAAAAAACAUUUUUACACAUACGAAAACAGCCCAUCCUUAGCCGAAACAAAGGGGCCUAGGUCCUUCAGUUGAGAGAGACGCUCCAAGUAGACUUUUUAAUUUUACUUUUUAUGCGUAAUUACGCGCGAGUAUUUUUAUGCAUACUAGUAAGAAAUAAUUAGUACAUUUAUUUGCAAUAUCAGUUUCUUUUGAUAGAUUUAUAGGCGUCCCCGAUAGUAACUGAGUGACGGCCCAGUGCUGGCUCACAGUUGCCACUUCAAUUGGCCCACAUACCGCCAUGGAAUGACGGCGGUGAAUCCAUCCGAAUCUGCCUGCCAGAACGCAGCUGCUACUCAGGCUUGAUGAGAUCAUCUCUCCGGUGUGAUAUGCAUUCAGGCCACGUUUGGCUCUGAAUUCGAAUCCCAUGAUAAACCUUAAAUUUGGCUGGCUGCAGUUGGGCCUCAAUACGGCUCAAAAUUACAAUGCCGCACAAAAUUAAAAUGCCGCACGUGGUUGGUUGCAUUUUGGCCACUUUUGAUCCACAGCACACUUUCCAUUGCCAUACCUGACCCUUAAGUGUCUAAACCCACGUAUAUUUGGCCCGGAAUUGUCUGCUAUCUCGGGCAUAUCUGUCAUUAUAUGACAUGCCUAAGGGAAUGACGAUCGGAGGUAUCAUAUAUGCAAACAGGAUUGUAUCACUAAUACCAUUUCGCUGUUUGUGGAGUUAACUUCCAUUUUCAUUCAGUUAACACGAAAAAAAAUUGUAAUCGCUCAUUUCAUAUAACGGUCUUUUAAUGACUGCUGGGUGUUGGCGUUUUGCUACAGUCCCAACUGUAGCUAUUUGCCACAGUUUUAUCUUGUUGUGAUUUUUGUUCAUUUAAAAAAUACGAAGGAAUUGCAAAUGCGCAAGAUUUCUUUUGACUGUAAUCAUGACAAACUUUAUUGAUAUCAGUAAGUUUGACACACGGUGUCGCUAUAGACCACAAAAAAUAGUACAUCCAGGACUCCUCCUUUUGGAGAAGAGGGUGAAGCUCACAAGCCCGGUCGCUUUGUUGCAGACACGGGCACAUAAUCAUAGUGCGGCGCAGGAUUUCGAAUAUACAUUGUUUGAAUUUAAAUGUAUCUUUUCAUUUGGAAUAUAUGAUUUGCUUUUUCCAGAGUUCAUUGGACUUCCGUGAUAAACCAGCGCAACGAUGAGCCUUUGGGAACAUACGGUUCAUGUGUGGAUUACGUGUAUUGCGUUGCUUUGUUUGCUGGGUUGGUCUUCGGCACAGACUGUGUAUUCCGUUUCGGAAGAGGUGAAUAAAGGGACAUUUGUUGGAAAUAUCGCUAAGGAUCUCAGCCUCAAUGUGCAAGAAUUGGAAUCUCGAGGGCUUCAUAUUGCAACUGGCUCAAACCAAAACUAUUUUCAGGUAAAUUUGAAAAACGGUUUUCUUUACGUUAAUGAGAGAAUAGACAGAGAGGCGCUAUGUGCGAAUUUGGCGAAGUGCUCUUUAAAUAUACAGACAAUAUUGAAUCAGCCCAUGCACCUUCACCGCAUUGAAGUAAAUAUUUUAGACAUUAACGAUAAUGCACCGUCGUUCCUGGACAAAUCAAGAGUUUUGAAUAUUCCUGAAUUGUUGGUUUCUGGGGAGAGAUUCCCUCUCCCAAGAGCUAUUGACCCCGAUGUGGGCAGCAACUCCGUAAAAACCUACAAGCUUAGUCCGAAUGAACACUUCUCACUGGAUGUACAGAGCGGUGAGGAGCAACGUGUGUCUGCUGAGUUGGUGCUACAGAAAGCUUUAGACCGAGAGAAGCAGGCUGUGAUUCAGCUCGUACUGACUGCUGUUGAUGGGGGAAAACCUCCCAGAUCCGGGACAUUACAGAUCACUGUUAAUGUAAUCGAUGUGAAUGACAAUGCGCCAGUAUUCAGCAAAUCUCUUUAUAAAGUCCGUGUUAAUGAGAAUGUAUCAGUUGGAACAAAAAUAAUAACACUUAAUGCCACAGACCUCGACGAAGGAAUGAACGGUGAGCUAGUAUAUUCUUUAGCUGAACGAGAAAGUUUAAAUCCUUCGGAUGUGUUUGCCAUUAAUUCGAUAACAGGAGAAAUCACUAUAAUAGGGAAUUUGGAUUUUGAGGAAAACUCUGCCUACGAGAUACGCGUGCAAGCUCGGGAUAAAGGUUCAACUCCAAGGAGUACUCACUGCAAAGUGUUAGUGGAAGUUAUUGAUAUCAACGACAACGAGCCGGAAAUAACAGUGACGUCACUUAUGAGCCCUAUACGAGAAGACGCUCAAAGAGGGACAGUAGUUGCUUUGAUAACCGUGACCGAUAAAGACGCUGGAAAAAAUGGACAAUUUAAUUGUGUCUUGGUUGGUGUAGUUCCUUUUAAACUGCAAUCUUCGUAUAAGAACGAUUACUCUUUAGUGGUUGACGGGCCACUGGAUAGAGAAAGCGUUUUUCAGUAUAAUGUCACAAUCAGAGCUACAGAUGAAGGGACUCCCCCUCUUUCCACCACCGCCGUUAUUACUGUACACGUUUCUGAUGUCAAUGACAAUGCCCCACGUUUUCCUGAACAAGUGAUUAACAUGUAUUUGAAAGAAAACAGUCCAGUGGGAUCUGUUAUUCAUACUAUAUCUGCAUUUGACCCAGACUCGAAAGAAAAUUCUAAACUUGUAUAUUCUAUUGUUGAAAGUUCUUCCAAAGGUGUAGCCCGGUCAUCGGCGGUCAGCGUGAACUCAGUCAGCGGAGAAAUAUAUACCCUUCAGUCGUUUAACUAUGAAGACAUAAAAACAUUCCAGUUUCUACUUCAGGCCACAGACUCUGGUGUUCCUCCACUGAGCAGCAACGUGACUGUGAACGUUUUUAUCUUGGAUGAGAAUGACAACAGUCCUGCGGUUCUCCCGCCCUAUUCUGACCAGGGCUCCGUUAAUACUGAGAACAUUCCCUAUUCUGCUGAAGCGGGAUACUUUGUGGCCAAGAUCAGGGCUGUAGACGCAGACUCUGGUUACAACGCACUGCUUUCUUAUCACAUAUCUGAACCCAAGGGAAGCAGCCUCUUCCGAAUCGGAAGCAGCACCGGGGAAAUAAGGACAAAGAGGCGAAUGAGUGACAAUGACUUGAAGACUCAUCCGUUGGUGGUUUUGAUUUCUGAUCACGGAGAGCCUUCCCUCUCAGCGACUGUGUCCAUUGAUGUUGUGGUUGUUGAAGAUGGCAGUGAUGCUGGCCUGCAGACGUCAUUCAGACAGCUGCCUGCCAAGGAGGAGACUUUCUCGGAUUUAAAUCUCUAUUUGCUUAUCGCAAUUGUUUCUGUAUCAGUUAUAUUUUUGCUGAGCCUCAUUAGUUUAAUAGCUGUUAAAUGUCUCAGGACGGACAGCGGAUUGAGCAAGUACAGCCCCCCAGUGAUCACAGCACACCCAGACGGGAGCUGGUCUUACUCCAAAUCUACGCAGCAGUAUGACGUGUGUUUUAGCUCAGACACACUGAAGAGUGACGUUGUGGUUUUUCCUGCGCCGUUUCCGCCCGCUGAUGCGGAGCUGAUUAGCAUUAAUGGAGCGGACACGUUGAAAAGGAAUCAAACGCUCCCCAGCAGUGAGAAGCCCAAGCCCCCGAAUGCAGACUGGCGCUACUCGGCCUCGCUGCGAGCUGGAAUGCAGAGCUCGGUGCACAUGGAGGAGUCCUCGGUGAUGCAGGGUGCUCAGGGGGUCCUGGUGCAGAACUGGCCCACCGUCUCCAGCGCUGCCGAUGCUGAGGGUGGCGAAGUGUCGCCUCCCGUAGGUGCGGGCAUUAACAGCAACAGCUGGCAGUUCCGCUACGGCCCGGGCCCCGGCCCCCCGCAGCACCUGAAGCCGGGCGAGGUGCCCGAGGCCUUCAUCAUCCCGGGGUCGCCCGCCAUCAUCUCCAUCCGCCAGGGCGCCGGCGACGGAGACGACAAGGGCGACUUCAUCUCCUUCGGCAAGAAGGAGGAGAAAAAGAAGAAGAAGAAGAAGAAGGGCAAGGAGAAGAAGGAGAAAGGAAAGGACGACGGAGAGGAGUAGGGAGGGGCGUUUAAUACAGAGCUACCAACUAAAGACCAAACGGCAGAGCAAAAAAAAAGAAAAAAAAAAGAAAAAAGAGAGAGAAACAAAAAAAGAAUCAAAUAUGAUGUUAAACUUGUACGUGCAGGGAGAGCUCCCUGCAUUGUUAACCCAGGGCAACAGCAUUCAAUUCCAAAUACUUCCAGAAAUUUCUGCCCUGCCAUCCUGGCACCACACACAAGGGCUGCCUGUCACAGAAGGCUUGCCUCUCUAACAGAAGGGCUGCCUCUUGAUGCUCCACAUUAAGAUGGUGCCCCUUCUAUACCACCCCCCCCCCCCCAAGAAAAAAAGAUCCCCAGAGAGGCUCUCCUUCCGGCCUGAUGUUGGCACCUCUGUCUCUCUCCUCCCGCUCGCUUCCUUCCUGUUCUCCCUGACAGGAAGGGCUCACAUUUGGCAGAGAGCUGCACGCUUGCCCUCAGUGCUUCACAUCAAUCAAAAGAUAAAAUGUAAAAAAAUAAAAUAAAAUAAAAUAAUUUUAAAAAAGGGAACAAAAGGUUAAAAUUUGCUAUUGGAGCAGGACACAUGCAGCAUUUGUAAAUAAAGCAGGAAGGAAAAGCAGCGCAGGCCCCACCUUUGAGAAGGCUGCAUCCAUGCACACUUUUUUUAAAAUUAUGUGUUCUGAGAGGGUGAUGACGUACAGCAGUCUGCACAAGAACCACUGUGCCUGACACACCCGAGGCUCCGCCCCUUAACCGAGCAGGUGUCCGCGGCGGCCUUCGUCCGCUCGAAAACCCGGGGUUGGCCAAAGGGCCCUGUGUACCAGCAUCGUACCCAGACACCCUCAGGCUGAGGGAGAGAGGAAGGAAGAGGAGUCUUAGAAAUAUUUUUCUACCCAAAGCGAAGAAGAGAGAAUAAAAGAAUUGGGGGGGGGGGGGGAACAGGUGGGAACGACAGGGUUGAAAUCUCUCCUCUCAGAGAACGCGUAGAACGAGGUUCGGUUAGACGUGGCCUGCGCUUAGAUGGCGGGGGUUGUGUGGGUCUUGUAAUAUAGCAGGAAUGUUUCUCUCUUUUUGAUUUUUGAAAAGAUUUUCCUUUUCUCUUUCGGUCGAAGCCUGAUUCCGCUCUGAAUGUUUUGUAGUUGUCCUUGGCUUCAUGGUGUUAAACGCUUCUCUCCUCGCGCGCUGUCUCUUUGCUCUUCGGUGAUCUCGGCACAUUCAAGGGGACACUCUCUCUCUCUCCUGCCCCAAGUCCCAAAGUAGGACUCCCCGCCAGAUAACCUUGAGGGUCCUGGCUUUUUUGAUAAUUUACUCAUCGAUUCCGACAGCCUCUUCACUGAACCCUAUAUGCUUUUUUUAAAACGAUGAAUAAGAGAACUGAAAAAAACAGUCCAACCACAGCUAAUCUACUCUGGCUGCCCAGCUUUGCCUGAUCUUCAGUGCUGUUUAUUUCCUGCUCAGAUUUUGAGAGAGGGGAAAGGUGCAGUCGGUUGUGUUCUCUCUUUUCAUACCAGAUUCCACAAGGGAAGUGUGCUGUGAGUCUGGAGUUUUUUUUUCAGAACUCUAUUAUGAGAGCUAAUCCACUAAUUAGUGUUUCUGAGAGCUAAUGACUAAUGACUUUUGACAAAUCAACAAGCAACAGCAUUAGGCAAGAGAGUAGUUUUCCUUCUGCCUUGGCUAGGAGGUAACAAGAGGUGGACUGCUCAACACAGUAUUGCCUUCUUCAAAUUGGUUGCUUCCUUCAAUUCACAUUAGAGUUCUGCUGCGUUUGGGUUAAUAUAAUGUAAGUAAGCAUGCCCAUCUAAACUCUAAUUUUGUAAUUAAUGACAAAUUCUAAGAAACUGGCUUUAAUCAUCAAAACAUUAUCACUUUUCGGCAAGUAUGUUGGCUGUCUUUCUUCAAGAACAGCAGCAGUCUGGGAAGACAGUUUGACAAAUUAAUAGAUAAAAAGGAGAUGCAUUUGGAACAUCAAAGUCUCUCCCUGCAAUUUCUCUCCCUUUCUGUUGGUCUGUUUCUGCAUAAACUGAUCAGUUCCACCAAGGGUGGAGUUAAGUUUCUGCUCCGCUGCUAUUGGAUGGCUUAACUGUCUGUCUGUAGACACUCACAGACUCCACAGAUCAAUACUGUCACAUCGAUGGCUGUUGCAUGUACUUAUCAGAGGAAACACAUAUUGUAUAGAAAUGUAUAUAUAGAUAGUUAUGAUUUUAUUAGUAUUAUUUUCCUUCAUUAACCAUACAAAAUAUACGUGAGCCUACAAUCUCAAAACCACGUCUACGUUUUACACAGGAAUCAUGCUCUGACGUGUCUCAGACUGACUCUAACUAACCUUAUUGAUAUGUGUAAUGCUAUAGUGUGAUGCCCUCAAUUGCAAUUCUCUCCCUUUUUUUUAAUCAACGAUUUUUUGUUUUUCGGGACAAACAAAAAAAAUAAAAAAAAUAAAAAAAACCUUUUGUGUUAGGCAUUUGACAUGAUGAUUUUACUAACACUGUAACGUGAAACUGAGUUAUGUAUGCUCCUAUGAAGAGACAUCCUCCCCUUUCUCCCUUUACAAAAUAUGAAAAACAAAAGAAAAGAAAAAAUAUAACGGCAAAAAAAGGUAGAUGUGGUGUAUAUAUGUAGUGUACGCUUGUUUAGUGGUGUAUGGUCCCAUGGACAGCACUGGGAAGCACGGUGCUGCUCUAUGCUGAACCUUAUUGUACACCUGCGCAUCCACUGUAAUGGUGUAGUAGUGACUUUUUUUAUUUCAAUGGAUACUGUGGUAACGUGUUUUGUUUAUAAAUCACAAAUAAAGUUUUCUUUCUUAAAUAUCUUAAGAGAA